AUGGUUGGCUACAUAGCUCUCAUCAGCAUGGUGCCCACCGUUUCGGUGGCCAGAAUAAUGCACCGGUUCUCCAAGGAAGGUUUGGAUGGCCUUAAAGACGAAUACAGAAGAAUAGCAGGUGCCGUAGGGUCUGCUUAUCAGAAGUCGCUAUUUGCUGUCAUGAAAAGUUCUUGGAUAACUACCCCCAUUGCCAUGGCCAUAGCACAGAACUACCUUUCGCCUAACAUAUGGGUGGUUUUCUUCAACGUCGUCUAUUUCGUGCUGGGUACGUAUAACAAUACGUUGGUGAAGAUAUCGAGAAAACAGCAACAGAUAGAGGAAAAAGCUGCUGACAAGGAGCCGGUGUAG